GUACUUUACAUCUCGGCCCAACUUUAAGGGUAUGGUCCGAGGCGCGGGUAGGACUUAUACUGCCGCAAGGCAGUUGGUGGCCACAGCCGUCCACAGGGCUCAACAGGAUCAACUACAGAGUCUGGAGAGGAUGACCGACGCUGUUGGUAUAGCUCAGCAUCAUGAUGCUAUUACUGGUACCGAGAAGCAGCAUGUUGAUGAUGACUACUGUAAAAAACUGCACGAGGCAACAGAAGGAGUUAUGGAAUCCAUUGUCAUCCCCGAGACCAUGUCGAGGUUUGGUCUUCGCAAUGGUGGUGGCUACUGCCCUCUCCUCAAUGAGAGUAUAUGUUCAUGGACCGAAGAACUUUCGACUGAAUCCUCCUCGGUUUUGAUGGCGGUUUACAACCCCCUUAGUCACCCCAUCACUUCUGUCGUAUCGGUGCCCAUCGCGCCACCGAAACAAAAAGCGGAGUCUCCCGAGGCUGAUGACAGUAUCGAGAGUUAUUCGGUUCAGAGAAGCCUCAUGGGGUCAUUGAAUCGCCAUUGCAAAGGGAUGGCAGUCGCUGUUGAGAAGGCGGUAAGCAAGCAGGGUGUGAAGGUAGGAGCUCCUCUAUGUUAUCAACGACUCACUUUUCCUCACUAUGAUCAGAGCUGGGUGACUGAUGACGACGACCAUCGUGGCACCCCAACCUCCACACUAUACUUCACAGCAGAGGACGUGCCUCCAAUGGGGUCGGCAAUCUACCGGUAG